AAUCCCUUAUAUAAACUGGGACCAAAGUUAGCUCCGGGAAUGACGGAAAUGAGUGGGGACAGUUCUGCAGUUCCACAAGCUACCUGUGACUCAGAAGAGGACACAACCACCCUGUGUUUGCAGUCACGAAGGCAGAAGCAGCGCCAGGUGUCUGGAGACAACCACGCCCAUGUCAGCAGACAGGGAGCUUGGAAAGUCCAUUUGCAGAUUGAUUAUAUACACUGCCUCGUGCCGGACCUGCUUCAGAUCACAGGGAAUCCCUGUUACUGGGGAGUGAUGGAUCGCUAUGAAGCAGAAGCCCUUCUGGAAGGGAAACCUGAAGGCACAUUUUUGCUCAGGGACUCUGCGCAAGAGGACUACCUCUUCUCUGUGAGCUCCUGCCGCUACAACAGAUCCCUGCAUGCUCGGAUUGAACAGUGGAAUCACAGGUUCAGUUUUGAUGCCCACGACCCAUGUGUUUUCCACUCUUCCACUGUAACAGGACUUCUAGAACAUUAUAAAGACCCCAGUUCUUGCAUGUUUUUUGAACCAUUGCUUACUAUAUCUCUGAAUAGGACCUUUCCUUUUAGCCUGCAGUACAUCUGCCGUGCAGUCAUCUGCAGGUGCACUGCAUACGAUGGAAUUGAUGGGCUCCCUCUACCAUCAAUGUUACAGGAUUUUUAAAAAGAGUAUCAUUACAAACAAAAGGUUAGGGUUCGCUGGUUAGAAGGAGAGCCAGUCAAGGCAAAGUAAACUCUUCUGUCCCCAAAGGGCAUUAACUAGCCUUGCUUUCACGUGCAUCAGUACACCUCUCAGAAGCACAGUAUCAGUGCUAGGUUU